UAAAUAUAUGACGUCACAGUUUUCUGUGACGUCAUGUCUCAUCAGCGACUCGGUUGAACACUGACUGAAAGGAUGUAGACGAGUGCCUGUCUUACAUUGAAGCAUCGAGUCUAGGUCAGCAUGAAAAGCGUGUCCACCCAGACACCAGACGCAGGGUGUGCAUCAACUGGUAUGGAAAACCUGAGGACCCAGUUAGAGCUAUUGCUUUCCGAGUUGCGGGAGGUUGGAGAGCUGACUGGAAGCCGUGGUGUCCGCCUUCACAGCCUCGGAAGAACCGCACACCGCUCUGGGGAGGCGCUGGACAACAUGGGGGAGGCGAUUGACGGUUUGGAACGGGAGAUUGAGGUUUCACAAGAAGAGCGCUCAGAUUUGGAUGAUAUCUACACAUCUCUACUAGGCAAACAGGAAUGCCUUGACGAGGCAGGCCACCAACUGUAUCAGAAGGUGCACAUACAAGAUCUGUACAUGGGGAAGGUGAAGGUCCUGGACCAGCAUCAAGAGAUAGAGCUCAUCAGUGCCCGCUUCCUGAGAGAUGAGAUGAGGGAGGAAAAGGAAAAGAAAGAGGAAGAGCUUGGUAUAGCAAAGAGGAGGCUUGACGAUCAAAACAUGAACUUCUAUAAGCAGUUUGAGGGUCUGAAGAACGACGUGAAGCGACAUCGACACGAGGCACGGCCCCUUAUCCUGGAGCUCGACACUUGUGAUAAAGCCACUCUCUCCAGACUCAAAUACUUCACCAGAAGUGACUUCAUCUCUCAAGAAGACAUGGGGAAGUCUCAGAAACUGAUCAAGUAUAUGGAGUACGCCUCGCGACAUAGGCAAAUGUUCGAUGAGGUCGGAGAUCUUGAAUUUGAAUUGAAAAAUUCUGAGAGGGCACUUGAGUUCAAUAUGUCACAGAUGAAGGCAAAGCUAUCUAAGAUAGAAACUUUGGAGAGGGAGUUGUCCAACGCACAAGGAGUUUUCAGGGAGACAAAUGGUAGCUUCCUGAAGAGUGCACCGCGUUGUGUUGAUCUUACAGACAACCAGCACCAUAUCCAGGGCGAUACAAACACGUCCAUCUCUUGGUUUGAGGAGGAAGAAGAUAUUGGUGAUGGGCACAUCCAUGUUGGUGGAAUGGGUCUGCACAGAUGUACUAAGAUCACCGACAUCCGCCUGCAGUUAGAGGAAGAAGAUGUUGGCGAAGUGGACAUAAACCUUGAGAAGGAAGAUGUUAUCCGGGUGAAUAUGGUGCAAGAUGAAAAGAACACUGAAAAUAGUGAAGAGGCAGAGGUCGACAGAGGGGACGAAAAUGAAGAACAUGGGGACCAGGGCGAUGAUGGUGAGGAGGCAGCAGACUCUGAGGAAGAGGAGGAGAUGAAGGCUACCAACAAUGAAGAAGUUCAGAGGAAUAAACCCUGUGACAUCCCACAUCACUCCAACACUGGAUCUCCUCGGACCCUAGCUAUGGAAGGAGUCUCCACUACUGAGAACCAGACCCAAGAUGACGCAAACUUGAAUCUGAAGCCAUGCUUGCCUGCUAUAAUAAGAAAAACGCUUAUCAGCCAUACGCCGAGGCCUGACCCGUGAUGCCAGUGGCAGUACUACCUUCCUGAAGUCAGCUCACAACACUGGGCUCCGUUCUACAGGGAGUAGCAGCACCUUCAGAACAACGUCCGCUCGGAAACAGAAGUAGUAGUAUUAGUUCCCUAUCAUUAUUAUCGAAUAGUAAUACAAUAAGAUAAGAUAAACCUGCUUACUUGUCUAGUUUUGUUAGCUCUCCCACUGCUCCCAUUAAAGAUGCAUCGGUUUCUGAGGUGCAAUCGAUUGUA